AUGGCCACCAGUUCAAACAACGGGAGGCGGGUCUCGCCGAUGGAGAAAGCCCGUCACGAGAGGUCCACUAGCCUGCCCAGCCACAGCCAUCCGGUCAUCGCCAAGCUCGAGGGCGAGGUCCACGCCGCCGGAGAUGUGGCGGCGCCGCCCACCACUGGACAACGCUCCGCCGACUGGCUCCGCUCGGUACUGAGCCAGCUGCAGCGACUGCACCUCGCGGCGGACGACCUCCUGCUUCUCCCCUGCAUCGGAGCCGCUCUCCGUCGCUGCCCCCGCCGCCGCCCCGCGCUGGCUGAGCGGCUCCUCGACGACCUGCUCUGCUACGCCGACGCCUUCGGAUCGCUUCGCAUGGCGCUCGUGUCGGUCCAGGACUUGUGCUCGGAGGCCCAGGCAGCACUCCGGCGGAGGGACGGCGCGCGGCUUGUCUCCGCCGCCAGGUCCCUCCGGCGAGCUCAGAAGGAGAUCUCCGCCCUGCCGUCGGUCCUCCCCGCCGCCGCCUCCGGCGGAGACUCUGCGGAGCCCGCCGGAGACUCUGUGGAGCUGCCGAGGAUCCUCAGGGAGGUGAAGUCGGCGACCCUGUUCUUGUCGACGUCUGUCUUCCACGGGGUGACCUCUGCGCUCUCGUCCGCCGUCGCGGCGUUGGCGGCUCCCCCCAAGUCGCCGUCCUUGUCUUCCUGGACAGCGUGGCGGAGGUGGAGGUCCCCCACGCCCUGCUGUUCAUCGGCGGAGUCAGAGGAAUGGAUGAGAAGGGCGUCGCAGGGGCUGAAGGAACUGGAGGAGCGCCUGCUGGGGCUGGAGAGCGGCAGCGAGGCGGUGUACAGAGUCCUGAUCGGUGCCAGGGUUUCCCUCCUCAACGUCUUGACCCCAUGA